AGCCCCGGCCGUCGCCAGCACCAGUUUGGGCUUCAGUGGAUUGGGAGAAGGAGAGAGAGGAACAGCCCUGGGGUCUGGAGCCCAGUGCCUUUGGAACCUGCACAAAGUUUCCCUGUGGGCCACAAACACGCGAUCGUGGGCUACGGUUCCCGGAGCUCCUGUGACUGCCCCAGUCCAGCGACCACAUCCCUCUACAAGCCAGGGAUACUGGGUAUUACUGAGCUGAGCAAUUGGGAGGCUCUGCAUCAUGAACCGUGCUUUCAGCAGGAAGAAAGACAAAACAUGGAUGCAUACGCCUGAAGCUUUAUCAAAACAUUACAUUCCCUAUAAUGCAAAGUUUCUUGGCAGUACUGAAGUGGAGCAGCCAAAGGGAACAGAAGUUGUGAGAGAUGCUGUCAGGAAGCUGAAGUUUGCAAGACACAUCAAAAAAUCUGAAGGCCAGAAGAUUCCUAAAGUUGAAUUGCAAAUAUCAAUUUAUGGAGUAAAAAUUCUCGAACCCAAAACAAAGGAAGUUCAACACAACUGCCAGCUUCAUAGAAUAUCAUUUUGCGCAGAUGAUAAAACUGACAAGAGGAUAUUCACUUUCAUAUGCAAAGAUUCCGAAUCAAAUAAACAUUUGUGUUUUGUAUUUGACAGCGAAAAGUGUGCUGAAGAAAUUACAUUAACCAUUGGCCAAGCAUUUGACUUGGCAUACAGGAAAUUUCUAGAAUCUGGAGGAAAAGAUGUGGAAACAAGAAAACAGAUUGCUGGAAUGCAGAAAAGAAUCCAAGACUUAGAAACAGAAAAUAUGGAACUUAAAAAUAAAGUACAAGAUUUAGAAAACCAGUUGAGAACAACUCAAGUGUCCUCGUCUCCAGCCAGUGGUGUGACAGUGACUUCUCCUUCCACUGACAUCUUUGACAUGAUUCCAUUUUCCCCAAUAUCACACCAGUCUCCAACAUCUGCUCGAAAUGGCACACAGCUACCACCCAUACCUAACAGAUCUGCAGAGAUCAAACGGGACCUUUUUGGAGCUGAACCUUUUGACCCAUUUAACUGUGGAGCGGGGGACUUUCCUCCUGAUAUUCAGUCCAAAUUAGAUGAGAUGCAGGAGGGGUUCAAAAUGGGACUAACCCUUGAAGGAACAGUAUUUUGUCUCGACCCAUUAGACAGCAGGUGCUGACAUCAUGAAUGAGUGAUCCUGACAUGCUUAAUUUGUUUAUGUACAUAUAUAUCAUUCAUUAUUUUAAGAUAGCUGUCAUACUUGUGCCAAUAUAUUUUUUAAUAUCUAAAUGUUUUUAGAUCUGUUUAAGUAACAAUCUCCUCACUUUCACUGUUGAUUUAUCUUUUAUUUUAAACAGAACGUAGUAUAAUGUGUAUUGGACUUUCAUGUUCUCUUCUAUUUUAUGGGUGAAUUUAUAGUUGAAAAACAAAUUUUCUAAAUGUCUUUCUUGUCUGAAUUUUAAAUUAUCAUUACCUUGACAUUUAUGCUCACUCUCCAGGACAUUAGUUCAUUAUCCUUGUCCCAAAAAGCCAUACCUUGAUAUCUUCCAAGUAUCUGAAGAGACAGACCAAUAUACAUAUUCUAUUUUGACACAAAUAAACAGUCUACCAAUGAUUAGCUGUAGGUCAUUUAGUGAAUAAAAAGUUUGCCUCAUUAUGAAGAUCUAAAGUUUAGCUAUUGUCCUACCAGCUUACUAAAUUCUAUCUGGUAAAAUAAGAAUAUAGGUUUUAGUAGUAAUCAUUCAAAAUAUAUUUAGAAUAUUAGUAAAUAUGAAAUAAUAAUAUCAGUCAUUUAAGUUAUAUUCUAAAAAUGGUUAAUUUGUCUCAAAAAUAACAAUUGAGGAAAAAGUGCUUCCCUGGAAAAUGUAAAAUUUCAUUUCUAAUGUGCUGUCAUAUUAGUGUAACACUGGGCUAGCAUCUGCUCCAGUAUUUUAGGAAAUUAAGCUUUUGCUUUCUACGGAUGUGAUGCCUAUUAUCCAUUUUUAUGUUACCAAUAUUCCGCAGUUAUGAUGUGAUUUUAUGCCUCAAUGCCACAUUAGUCUUCAUACUUUAAAAAUUUGGUGUGGUAAUUUAUUUAAAUUUAAGAAAAUUUAACUAUUUUAAUUUUCAUUUUCUCUGUUAAUAUCAGAAUUUCAUUUUUCACAAAAAAAUCCUUACCAGCUUCAUCUUGAAUAUGAGCAAUAAAACUCUCCAGCACUCAUUCUGAUGUACUGAUAAACCUACCUGUUGAAAAUAUAUGAUUCCAAAAUAUUUACCCAUGAUAUAAAAUACCAGGGCAGAAAAAAUUAUUGUCAAAAGUUCUAAUUUUGUUUAUCACAAUAAAAAGAAAAUAAAGUAAUGAAAAUCUGGGCUAGUUUGUGGGAAUUUUAUCAAAACUAAGUAGCUCUGUUACUCCUGGAGUUCUAUAGAAGUGUUUAAAGUACCUUUUCAUUAGGAACAGAGCAGAAAUCAAAUGUGGUGCUUAUGCAAUUUUAUGUUUGAAUGAUUAUGCUUUAUGGCAUACAUGAGGCUUCCUACUUAUGUUCUCUUAUACCUGCUAACUUAAACUAUAAUUAGCAGGUACUGUGUGUUUUAUCAGGAAGUCUUUGUAGUCCUUGAUUCUCAGUAUUUUGGAAUUUGUAUAAUGAGGAUGUUUAGAAGCCAUCUAUACGGCUUUUUUAAACAGAAUUUGUAUUUUUAAUGUACUUUUAAAAGCUUUAUGUAAUAGAUAUAUAUUUAGCAAACAUUUAGUAUCAAUUGUAACACAUAAGAAUACUAAGAUGAUAUUUGCACAUUUAUGAUAUAUUACUUACCAAUUUUUAAUGAUGACCUGUUCUACUACUGGCAUGAUCAAAUAGUACAUAAAAUUGGUCAUUAAUGUGAACAUUUAUUUCAUCAGUGAAUUUUUAUAAAGACAUGAUUGGAAUUUAAAUUCUAUGUAAACUCAAUGAUAUGUUUGAUUUUGCUGAAAAUAAAAGAUUUUAAAUAAAUUAAA